AAGCAUGUCACAAGUGCCAAGAGGGGAAGUGAGUCACUCACCUGGGAGCCAGCACAACGCCCUCUUUCCUGUCAGAGCCUCUUCCCAGGCAGGAGCGCACACACAGCUCGGCCCUGCUGGUGUCUCCACUUGCAGCACACACCUGGUGGGCUGGGGUCUGUGACUGAGCUGGAGCAGGUGCUCUGUGACCCCAAGUGACUCUGCAGUCAUGCUACAGUUGCUUGCAUUCUGGUGCCCUGUUCUUAAGAGCUGCCAGUGUGGAGACUGUCCAGCCUCAGGGACGGGAAAAUAACAUCUGGGAGACAACCAAGCAUCCUCAGUGAAACCCCCACCGCUACUAAAGCUGAAGAUGGACAUAUUGUGCUGAAUUUUUUCAACUCUGGUAAGAAGAAAAGCUGUGGCAGGAAACUGUGCUUCAGACGUGCCCACUCAUACCAUGAUGUCUGGAAAGGGCAAAGGAGGUGCAGAAGGCAGUGCUAAUUCCUACAUUUCAUGCCACAUAGACUCUGAGUUUCGCUACAACCUCUUCACUGUUUUCUACAGUAUUAUCUUCAUCCUGGGCUUUGUUGCCAACUGCUAUGUUCUCUGGAUUUUCACCCGUAUUUACCCCACCAAGAAACUCAAUGAAAUCAAGAUAUUCAUGGUGAACCUAACAGUAGCUGACUUGCUCUUCUUAGUUACGAUGCCAAUGUGGAUUGUUUACUAUCACCACCAUGGGGACUGGAUCAUGCCUGAGUUCCUUUGUAAUGUGGCUGGCUGUUUAUUUUUUGUUAAUACCUACUCCUCUGUUGCUUUUCUAAUGGUCAUCACAUACAACCGUUACCAAGCUGUGACUAAUCCUAUUAAAGCUGCUCAGCUGACCACCCAGAGAAGAGGAAUCUACCUAUCAGCAGCUAUCUGGAUCCUAAUAGUGGGCAGCUCUUUGUAUUACCUUUUUGACAAUAAUACUAAUCAGGAGCAGGUUAACUCCAGGAAUUUCACGCGGUGCUUUGAGCGCUAUGACUCCUCGAGUGGUGUUUCAGCUGUUCUCGCCAUUCAUGUCAUCAUCUGCAUCCUCUUCUAUAUAAUUUUCCUUUUAAUACUAGGUUGGAACAUUGUCAUUAUCAGGACCUUGUUCUCCAAGUCAGUGCAUCCACGGAAGAGCGCUCACGUCAAGCAAAGGGCCCUCUGGAUGGUGUGCACAGUGCUGGCUGUGUUCAUCAUUUGCUUUGUGCCCCAUCACAUCGUGCACCUGCCCUGGACUCUGACUGUUCUGGAGCAGUGGAAGAAGGAAAACUGUCAGCUGCGCCAACAGCUCAACGAUGCUCACCAGGUGACUUUGUGCCUCUUGAGUACGAACUGUGUGUUGGACCCGAUCAUCUACUGCUUCCUCACCAAGAAGUUCCAGAAGCAUCUUUCAGAAAACCUGAAAAGCAUGAAAGGGAGUCGCAAAUGCUCCAGGCAAACAACAGACACGGUGAUUGAGGGCACCAUUCACCAAGAGGAUGCCAUUAGGAUGGGUUAGGACCACUCUGUAUGUUCUGAUUGCACAUGGAGAGGUGUGAAUUAUUCGCUCAUCUUGAGUUGUUGACACAACAGAGGACCAGGAUUUUACAUUUUCUUCUUCCCAUUAGACAGAAGAAUGGAUGUUCAUUUUUUCUGUCACAUGCAACGGGCAGAACUGGAACCUGCAAUAAUCUGGCAGCAAAGCUCCUUCUAUCCGGGCUGGUGCUCUCAUGGGCACUGAGAACAGCUCAGAUGUCUGUUUUAACGUGAAAGAAGAGUGUCACUGAGCCUCUGCAGUGAGCAGCUAGAAGCUGAGUGCACCAAAAUUACCCAUUGAGCCAGUCCAGAUAGCAUCAUCCCUGCUCCUCUGCCUGCCCAGUUCUCACAGUGGAUCCAGUAUUAGAGCUGUAAGGGACUUCUAAAAGACCUGGAAGAACAGAUUGAGCUCUGAGUAUCAUUGUGUGGCUUUUCUAAGCAGCUUACAUGAUCCUGUGAAGAGAGUCUGAGCUGAUGAAGCUCUUGAGUGGCUGUAAGGGAUGUAGUCCACGGAAUUCCUCAACUGCUGUCAAAUAUCUGCACCUCCAAUCCCUUCAUCCCUUCUUAGUGACUCGUGGUCUGCUGGGAUCUAAACUUGAUAGAUGUCUGGGAGAAGCUAUUAUGAAUCUUUGCUUCCAGAUCUUGAGUCAGUAAAGCAGAGAAGGAAAGGAAGAGAAAUUUGCUGUGCCUCAGCACACCUCCCCUCUCCCUCCACCAGAUCAGCAUUAUGGCCAAAGGGUACCAUGGUCUGCCCUGGCUUCCUGUGUGAGGGCAGAACUGGCCAGCCAGUGGCCUCAUGCACUCAAUUUAGUAAUUUCUGACAGACAGCCAGUCUUGCUCAGAAGGCUCCAGAUAACAGAGGGCUACUGUCAGAAUGGGCAUUAUGAUAAAGAAAAAAAAAAAAGCUUAAAAUGCUUCUGUUUCUUUGUACUUAUUUAUUUGAAUUAGGGUUGUAGCCAUUACAUUAUUCCUUCCUCCAGCUUUUCCAGUUCUGCUGCAAAUAAUUGAAGCUGUUAUAAAUGCAAUGGCAAAAUAGGGUUAAUAUAAAAAGCGAUUUAUUAUAAAAUAAUUUUAAUCACAAGCAACGAGAGAAAAAACCACAAUAAAUAGAUCAGCGCAGCGCCGGGUGGACAGGGGUCUGUACCCAGAGGUACAGAUUUCCCAAAUCCACGAAGAAGGGACUGCAGUCCGGGGUUUUUAUAAGGAUUUUUGUGUCCUGAGGCAAAACCCGGGAUGGGCACAGUCUAACAAAGAGUCUAGAUGUGUGGGUGAAUAGAUUUCCUGCAGAUGGAUAUCUCGAAGGGGCAGAGUCCUUUCACAUGCGAAUGGCUCUGAGUGUCUUCUGAUUGCAUCUCCCGGGAUGGAGUGUCCAGUUUGGGUUCGGAGCAGAUGGAUAUCUCGACCAGGCUACUCUUAUUGUCCGGUUUGAUUGCCUGUGUCCUGCUCUUUAUUUCGUGCAGUCGAUCGUUACUGCCCAACUCGGGAAGGAAUCUCUGAAUUAUUUUACAUUUUGUAUCUUUACAGUAUUACAGAUAUCCUUCACGAAUUUUUAUCCAAUGCUAUACUUAUCACAAAGCUGACUAGUUCUUGAUCUACAGCAAGUGAAGUGUUAGGUCAGGACACUUGACAGACAAAUAAUUCACACACUCCAACAGCACUGGAGGCCACUGACCCAGGGCCGGAUGCAGUCCACUGGGGCCCAGAGAAAAGUGGUUUUCCAUGAGUGCUGAGUUCUGUUACCAGUCAUGAGACACUUGGGGUUCCUUCUGUGACCCAAAUUGCUCAAUCUAGCACAGGAAAUUGGGCAGGGAAGGGAACUUACUUGUUUUCACAACAGUUGUUGGUUCUCUAAAAGACCUAGUCUGUUGAUGACAGGAAGAGUGUAUCUGACCUGUGACACCAAUUAUUCAUGUGUAGGGUAGUAGCCUUUCCACACCUGCCCAAGAAUGGGAGAGAUAAGCUCAAAUCUUUCCAAAGACAAGACCAGUAUUUGUACUGCUUUGCCUUCUUGACCUGAUACAGGUCCUUCAGAUGUAUCCUCUGAAGCUCCUCAGGCAGCUUUUGUCCUUAUUUGUGCCAGUGAGGAAAAGAACUAAGAUGUUUAUUUUUGUAAGGCCUUUGCCAGGGCCAGCCCUGCUCUCCAGGCCCAGUGCCAGAGGAAAGAGUCUGAUCACAAUAAGAAUGUAUCUCCCUCCUACUCCUGGGCUCUGCUCCACAAAAGGCCAUCCACAACAAACACUUGCCAGUACCUCAUGCUCCUCAGACAUGUUCAAAGAUGCGCCCUGAAUCUGCAGAUCCACAGCACGCAGGAAGGGAGAAGUUUCUGUAAUUUAAAAGCCUAAAUCUGUCUUGCUGGAGGAAUCUGCUUUUGUUUCUGCAUUGUGGGCAUAUUCUGGAUGAGGAGCUCUCACAGCUGGCAGCGGGGGUCCUGCUUUCCCCCCUUGGCUCCCAGCAAUCGCAGAGCUCACAGACCCUAAAGCCCUGAUAGAUGGAGUUUGGCAACUCUUGGAGGAAAUGGAAAGGAUUUUUACAUGGAAAGCUGGCAGAUGCAUGAUCUACUGAUUCUUGGAAAGCUUGCAGAAGUUUACAGUUUAGCUCUUUACCAUGGGUACAUAACAGGCUUUAUUCCACAGCAAGCACUGUGGGCUCAGGGAACAAACAUAAACUUGCAUCAGAGGAAAAGCAGAGGGAAAAGCCCCAAGGCUACUUCAGGAGAUGUUAUGCUAAUUAAUCAGUAAAAAUGCAUUUCUAACAACCAGGCUAAGCUCCUACUUUCUGUUCCUGGAAAUACUUUCUUGUUCUUACCACAAUGUUGCAUUACUCUGCUUUACCUUGCAAUGAAAUGGAUCCUCAAAAGCUCUUCUAAAUAAAAUGUGUUCCCCAAGUGUUUUGACUUU